CAGAAUUUGGCUCCACUUCCUCAUCAUUGUUCAGGGAAGCCCUGGGCAAACCCUCUUGCUCGCCACCAUGGUGCACUGGACAGCCGAAGAGAAGCAGCUCAUCACCAGCCUCUGGAGCAAGGUCAAUGUGGCCGAAUGCGGCGCCGAGGCCCUGGCCAGGCUGCUGAUCGUCUACCCCUGGACCCAGAGGUUCUUCGCUUCCUUCGGGAACCUCUCCAGCCCCACCGCCAUCAUUGGCAACCCCAUGGUCCGCGCCCACGGUAAGAAAGUGCUCACCUCCUUCGGGGAAGCCGUCAAGAACCUGGACAACAUCAAGAAAUGUUUUGCUCAGCUGAGCAAGCUCCACUGUGACAAGCUGCACGUGGACCCCGAGAACUUCAGGCUCCUGGGUGACAUCCUCAUCAUCGUCCUGGCUGCCCACUUCAGCAAGGACUUCACCCCUGCCUGCCAGGCCGCCUGGCAGAAGAUGGUCCAUGUGGUGGCCCACGCGCUGGCCCAUGAGUACCACUGAGCCUCCCGCAAGCGUCUGAGGCUGGAGAUGCUCCUGGCUCACAGGGAAACAUCCUCUGGUUCUGCUGGUCUCUAAGAGCCAAAUAAACACCAGCUGCUUCAGCCAUGAA